UACAGAAAAACAACCCAAUGAAAGUCAAACACCAGAAAAGAACUAUACAUCUUCAGUAACUAUAAGCUUAACAGAUACAAGAAAACACUUAACUCAAGGUAAUUCUCCUUCUACUCCAAUUCUCAAUAAUAUAAUCACAAAUAUAACAGCAAUGGAAGGAGUAGGAAAUAGAGGUAACAAACAAGAACAAUUUGAAACUCCAGACAAAUCAAACAAACAACUAGUAGUUAAAAGUAGAAGUUAUAGAUUUCCAACAAUUGAUUAUAGGUUGAUCAAAAAUUUACUAAAAGUUCAUAACUUUAAUAACUCAUCGGCAGCUAAAACAGAAAGUAGAAGGCUUUGGUAA